AUUCAAAGUCAUAACAACUCCGAGUGGAACACUUUCUUGCAGUUAUAUACAGUAAUACCCUUUACCUUAAGGGUUUAUUAACUCAGUAGCCCAAAGCGCAUUCAACGUCUACUUUAAUACAUUUUCUUUCAGAAACAAUUCCAACUUCAUAAUAUCUUCAGAGGGAGAUUUCAAUAGGAUUUAUCUGAAUGAUUUUCAUAUCCCAAAUGAUGUUUGUGUUUGAUACCCCUAAGUAAUAUGUAAGUUUCAUAUUAUCACAAUGACAUUUGAUUAAUUCUAUACUGAACCCGCUAUUAUGUAAUAUUUAUGUAGCCGUAUAACUUAAUUAUACAUACUUCUAUUCGAUAUCUAUUCUACCUAGUGGCGUUGAAAUUGACCUCCAUAUUAUCGGUACGUCACACAAUAAGGUGGUGUCAGUGACAUCGCAUGAAACUACUACAGGCCUGGUAUUAUAAUGAACUACUGAUCGAAUGUAUGCUCACUGUAUAUACGUCUGGAUUGGUCUAUUCAUCGCGCUGUCAAACUGACUGAUCUUUAAAACUUCCUGGUUUAAGUUUAAAACCUAACUACUGCCAAACGACUAACAAUCAUUCCGAAUAAAAACUUGACUUAUCCACAUCAUGCGUCUGUUUGCUCGAAUGAUCGUCGUUUUCCAUUUGGGGAUUGUGUCCCUUCAGUCACUAAACGAGAGAACAGUGCAGGACACGGCUUGUUUCGGCACUGGGGAUCACUCUCUCAUUGACGCAAACUGCUCCUCGACAGAAAAAAUAUUCCCAAUACAACUGAAUGCGGGCGCUAAGUUGAGCACUAGCGCCUGUCCCUUAGAAAUGGAGUCGAAUGCAACAGAUCUUUUGGUCCAGCAGUGCUGCCUCCCGGACACAGCGCAGGAUUGCGUGGCACUCGUGAACACGUAUGUACCCGACAUAGCAUCUGACUAUUUGGAAACUUGUGUCGGCAGAGAGGCGUGUUUGAGACGCCAAGCAUUUAGGAUGGACGUACUUAGUAUUCCUACGUGUAACUCUAGCGCCUUUCCUCCACAGACACAUUACCUAUACCUCGACUAUUACUGUGUUCCAGAAUCAAAGAUUGGGCGUUUCCCGACUGCUGAUUUGACCAAUGACGGAGUAGGGUCCCUCAUAUAUCUCCAAGGCAGCACGUAUCCCUUACAAAUCGUAUCCACGACUGUCACGUGUUCUUUGGAAACAGAUUGUUCCGAGAACAUAGUCAUAUACGGACUUCACGUGAACUUUGAACUUGACAAUGUGACGUGUAACCAGGCAAUGGUGAUGAACGAUACUAGUGGUACUCUGUAUACCGUUGGUUGUUCCGACAACGACGCCGUAUCAGGGCACAGACUCCGUACCCUAGCAACCAGUAACCACAACUACAUGGAAAUCUACUACAACAGCCUCACCUCCAACCAAGGAUUGUUCUGGCUGGCAUUCCACGGUUCUGGCAAUUUAACACUUAAUUGUCCUCGACGAGAUCCCAUAAAUCAAUGUCUAACAACAACAGAGAUGACGACGACAACAACAGAACCGACGACGACAACAACAGAACCGACGACGACAACAACAGAACCGAUGACGACAACAACAGAACCGACGACGACAACAACAGAACCGAUAACAACAACAACAGAACCGAUGACGACAACAACACCAGAGCCGACGACAACAACACCAGAGACGACGACAACAACAACUACUUCUUCACCGCCAUCAACCGGGGCUUCUUCUGCUGACGGAGGUUCCACAACUAUGAUUAUCAUGAUCGUCGUGGUUGUCGUCGUCCUCCUCAUCCUCGCCCUCGUUGCUGUGCUGAUCUACUUCAAAUGUUAUAAGAAAAAAGGUGAUAGUACGGGUGAUGUGGAGGAAUGUGCUGAUAAAAAGGAUAGCAAACUGAAACAGGAAGAACAUUCCUUACCAGAAAUAUCUACACCGGACGUGAAAGAGCAGCCUCAGCCUGAAAGUGAGAGAGAAACCAAAACACAGAUAGGUGAUGUCGGAGCAUUUGGCAACAAAUUACCAACUUUAUCUAUAGAUAAUGGCAAUGUCCAACCACCGGACAACAUAUUACCAACUUUAUCUAUAGAUGAUGGCAAUUUCCAACAACCGGGCAACAUAUUACCAACUUUAUCUAUAGAUAAUUGCAAUGUCCAACAACCGGACAACAUAUUACCAACUUUAUCUAUAGAUAAUGGCAAUGUCCAACAACCGGACAACAUGCAGGAGAAGAAGAAAAAGAAGAAAAAGAAAAAGAGAAAAAGGAAGUCUCGGUCAGCAGAAAACAACGAGGACUUUUUACACUGCGAUGAGGUGCAACCGGGGGCAUCGAAUAUUUUCACAACGGAAGAAAAUGUCGAAGAAAAUCUAAAAAAGAAAAGAAAGAAACAUAAAAAAUAUGAUAAUCGUAUUUCUCCGGAACACUCCUGUGGACCCGAUGUUAUACCUCCCCCAAAUCAUGUUGACAACCACGCAACUGACGGUAAUCAGUCGAACAAGAAGAAAAGGCGAAAGAAGAAAAAGAAACUGCGGGAAAGCAUGAAUGCUGAUGGUGAGGACACAGGUGCACGUGACACAGACGAAACAUUACGUACCGGUGAUUCAGUAAUAGAAUAAUUUAGUUGUUGUCUUCUCAAAAUUAAUUUCUACAGAAAGUCGGAUCACUAUGUUUUGGGGAUGUUUUCUUAUGAUGACAACAGUGUUUCAUAAAUUCAUGUUCCCUUUACUGCACUUAUAAUUCGUGUUCUUAAGUCAAGUUUGUCUUAUAUCUAUAUAAACAUACAUCAUUCUUGUGGCAUUAUUUAUGUCUGAGUUUUUUUAUUCUCGAGUGCUUGUUUUCUAUUAUUCUUUACUAUAGUUAUUUAUUUAAAUAGUUCAUCAAGUAAAUCUGCUGCAUUUAUCUCUAUAUAAAAUGUAUUCACUCAUGCAAAUAGUUUACAAUUGUAUGCUCAAAAAGUAUUUAUAUAAUAUGUACCACUGUUUCCUACCGAUUUACUGUAUAAUAAAACAUGUGUGAUGUUCGUGCCAGUGCUGAACAUGCUAAUGCAUCAGUUUGUUAAUAGACUCGCUUCUUCCAAGUUUUUUUUUUCAAAUCUUAAACUUAGAAGUCCUGGUUGCCUGGUUCGAGUC